GAGGACCGACUGCCCAGAGCGCGGGUCCCGGGGCUCCCUGGGCGCGGCCGUUCCCGGGGAGCCCCCCGACUGCCUCUCAGAGCAGGGUGGGGAAGGGGAUCCUAGCCCGCCGCCGCCUCCGAGCAGGCCGCCAGGACUCUGGCGGCCGGAGAUGGGCGCCCGGCUUUCGCGGCGGCGGCUGCCCGCGGACCCGCCCAUAGCCUUGGACGCGCUGCCGCCGGAGCUGCUCGUGGAGGUGCUGAGCCACGUGCCACCGCGAGCGUUAGUGACACGCUGCCGCCCAGUGUGCCGCGCCUGGCGCGACGUGGUGGACGGGCCCACCGUGUGGCUGCUGCAGCUGGCCCGCGACCGCAGCGCGGAGGGCCGCGCUCUCUACGCGGUGGCCCAGCGCUGCCCGCCCAACAGCGAGGACGAGGAAGAGUUCCCGCUCUGCGCCCUGGCGCGCUACUGCCUGAGAGCGCCCCUCGGCCGCAACCUCAUCUUCAACUCCUGCGGAGAGCAGGGCUUCAGAGGCUGGGAGGUGGAGCACGGCGGGAAUGGCUGGGCUGUGGAAAAGAACCUAAUACUGGUGCCGGGCGCUCCUUCCCAGACCUGCUUCGUGACUUCUUUCGAUAACCUCAUAGUUUUAUCUUUUACAUUUAGAUCUUUAAUCCACCUUGAAUGUGAUGUUCGCUUCCCAUUGACUGACCCAACAGGAAGUAGAGGAUGGUGCUUCAAGAGGCAGCUUGUGGACUUGGUGAUGGAGGGUGUGUGGCAGGAGCUGCUCGACAGCUCCCAGAUCGAGAUCUGUGUGGCCGACUGGUGGGGUGCCCGGGAGAACUGCGGCUGCAUCUACCGGCUCCGGGUCCGCCUCCUGGACAUGUACGAAAACGAAGUGGUCAAGUUCUCGGCAUCACCCAACCCGGUCCUUCAGUGGACUGAAAGAGGCUGCCGACAGCGUCACAGUCUAGACUCAGCUUCGCCAGGAUACGAUCUUUUGGCUGCUUUCUUCACGGCUAUAUCCCCAGCGCCUGGAGCAGGGCCAGGUCUCCCACGUCUUUACCAACUUUGGCAAGGGCAUCCGCUAUGUGUCUUUUGAGCAGUAUGGAAGAGACACGCGUUCCUGGGUGGGGCACUAUGGUGCCCUCGUGACCCACUCCAGCGUGAGGGUCAGGAUCCGCCUGUCCUAGCUAACCAGCCUGAUCCAGCCUUCGGGGACAGACUGCCAUCUGCCAGACACCAUCGUCAAUCAAGGUCGGCUCUGCAGCCACGAGCCGGAGGAUGCCCGAGGACAGUGGGGGUCCCGUGUAGCCUGUUCCCGGAAUGUUUCCAGUGAACCCCACUUGCUGCUGCUUCAGCGUGGUGGCCCCCAUGCUAUUCGAGAAACCAGGGAUCCAACCAGGCUGGUCACUUGCUUCCCCAGCUUCCCAGGGGGAGUGUCAGAGAGUAACUCAGAGACCUGUACGUUACUUGCAAAUUUUUUUCUCACAUGUGUGGAUAUCAGUUGACAGACUGAGUCAGAAAACAAAGGCCAAACCAGGAUUUCAGACAGAGGAAAGCUGCGGGCAGUCGUGGACAAGGACUCUUAUCAGCGUGCUUUGGGGGCAAGGUGAUUGCUGGCAGGGAGCAGAGGUCCUUGAGGGGACCAGCAGCAGCCUCAAAGUGAACUCUUCCUGUUGUUUUGGGGAGUCUCUGGGAUUUGGCAGUGGGGCCCGUGCAACCGCCUCCAGCACCACGCCCAUCAGCACCUCCCCUCUGGGCCAGGUGCCAUUUCUUUCAGAAUUUCUGAGGCCAGUUCUGUGCUGACCCCCAAACUGUAUCCUCCAGCCCCACCUCCUGCUCCUGCCUCGGGGGCAGCUCGCCUCCUGUCAGGCGACAGCCUCCUUUUCUCCACACUUGAGCCCGCUUGGAGAUGGACCCCGGGAGCAAGGCAUGCUGUGAAGGAAAGCUUUCCUUUCCCCAACUGAGCGCAGCCAACAAGCUCGCUCAAUAAACUCGGUGCUAAGCAUGACGUGAUGGGGGAUUUUUGUCUGUAACUGAUGCACUUGUUUGCCCCUAGCUCCGAUCCUAAAAGGCCUUGUGGGAUGUUUCCAAUCGUGAGAACUUCAGGUGUGCUAAGUGCCGUGCAAGAAACAGACGUGGGCUUUGAGAACCCAGAGACGGGCUACAAGGGCUCACCCAACAGCUCCUGUGCCCGAUCUCAGCUGUUCUCCCAGCAGCUCUCACGGAGGCACUGUCAUCACUGCCAUUUAGUCCAGACAGAAACGGGCUCAGAGUUUAAAAGGCCUGCCCAGCGUCACCUGGCCAGGAAACAGGGGAAGCCGGACUUAUACCAGACAUUGGGUUCCAAAGCCUGAUGAUACAAGCUCAGCUCCCCAAUUUUCAAACCUAACAUGGCCAAGCACAUGAUCGCGUGAGGGCAGCAUCACUCUCAGUGCCAUUUUCCAAGGGAGGAAACUGAAGCCAGAGGGGGAAGCAAAUACACCCAGAGUCACAGAACAAGGAAGAGGUGGAGGCAGGAUGUGAAUCCAGGUGUGUGUGAGUCUGAGAAUAACAGAAGAGCAGCACACACCAUUAAUCCUUGCAACACCCCUUCGUGGCCAACAUUACAAUUACUGCCACUUUUCAGAUGAGGAAGCUUGACAGCAGGGCUUUCGUGCCCAGGCCCUCAGCCUGCAGGAAGGGGAACUGGGCCUCAGUGCUGCCCACUAACUCCAAAGUUUAAAACAGAGUGGCCACUGCAUGUGUUAUACACAUAAAGCACCCAGUUUAAUCUUCACCAAACCCAACAAAGGCGAUACUGCAAGUGGACCUAUUUUUUUCUGCAGGAGGAAACUGAGGCCAGAGGGGAUGUCGGUGCCCAAGACCACACAGAGGGCAAAUACCAUGCAAAUACCACAAGGGGGUGGGGGGGCGUGUCUGUGUUUAUUGCAACCCCUUCCCAGUAGAUGGCACUACAGUGUCUCGUCCCAGCAGAAGAGGUCCCUGGCGCCAACAUGGAAACCAAGAGUGUUGGGAGAGGGGCGCCUUUUUUCUGACUCACACCCAGGACCACUAUGGGUUAAGGGUGGUCCUGAUGGAAGAGGCGGCCAGGCUUUGAACCAUGACCAGCUACUUCCAGAGUUGUACUAGCUUCCCAAGGACAUUGCAGGGGCCCCGAGGGGAAGGUUUUGUUCUGCGGUGAUCACCCACCCGCCGUGUCCCGGGAGGUGGGGAGGGAGUCACUUCUUCUUCUGCACGUGGCCACAGUCGUACUUGCCCCGCACGAUGGUGAGCUUGACGCCGGGCAGGUCCUGCGUGCGGCCGCCCUGCACGAGCACGAUGUGGUGCUCCUGCAGGUUGUGGCCCUCUCCGGGGAUGAAGCAGACGGCCUCCCGACCGGUGCUGAGCCGCACGCGGCAGCAUUUGCGGUUGGCCGAGUUGGGCUUCUUGGGCUUGCGGAUGAACGUGCGCAGGACCACGCCCUUCAGCUGUGGCCGGCCCUCCGUGGGGCCCACUUUCGUAGGCGGAUGCUUUGGAGGCCCCCGGCGGUGCAUCUGGUUCAGGGUGGCCAUGGGACGCGGGGCAAAAGGCCGCGGGGCCAGGGCUAGGCCUGGAGAGACACAACCGGGAGGGCCGCGGUUAUUAUCCCAGCGAACAGAUGACAGCAUCAGCCACGCCGCUCUGGUGUUCUCGGCGCCGUUCCAAGCACUUCGCCAGGGUGCAUUUGUUUACGGCUGGGGUACUCACGGCUGAGAGUAAUAUAACAUUUAUGGAGUAACCACCACGUGUCAGGUCCUAUUUUAAGCAUUUUCUAUGAAUUAACUCAUUUUAUUCUGCAAAGAAGACAUUAAUUUUAAUGCUGUUUAAACAACAGUAAACGCAAACAGGCUCCC